AAUGAUGAAGAAAGGUGGUGAGAGUGACUGAACGUGGCUCUGGGAUCUGUCAGUGAGAACAGGAAGCUGAGGAUCACAGACCUGCAGAUGGAGACGAGUUUGAGUUUUGGUCUGAAGCUUUUGAUCAGGACUGUAUCUGCAAAUCAAGACCAGAGAGAUCAGGUUGAUCCCCAAACGCCGUUCAUGAGGGUCGCUGCAGGGUGGAGAGUGCCAGGGCGAGUCCCGCCUACCUGCUGUUUAACUGGUCCCGUUUGAAAUAACUUAAGAUGAUAAAAACGUAAAUGAGGAACUUUAAUACCUGCAUAUGGCACAAAACUAGAGAAAAUAGUGUUUUAAAAACAUUGUUUUUGUUCAAAAGUCACUCUGUGUGAUGUCAGCAAAUUGGGAGCGAGUGUUUGCAGCCGCGCCAUAAGCGCCACCCAUCACUCAGAAGUUCCUCUUUCAUGGAAACGCUGCUGCCGCCGCUCAGACGUCUGCAGACAUGCUGCUCUACGCCGGCCUUCUCCUGUGUGUCCACGUCUGUCACGGCGCUGCAGAAAUCCUCACAGUCAGCGCUCGGCAGCACACGGACGCUGUGCUCACCUGUCCUCACGCUCAGGGACAUGUGACCUGGAGCCGAGCUAUAGGAGGCACCCGGGUGACUCUUCUCACCGUCAGCGACGGUCACGUGAACAGCAGUUCGGAGCGCUUCGGUUCCCGUGACAACAACGAGCUGCUUAUCAGGAACGUUGUGGAGUCUGAUACUUCGAUGUAUCUGUGCAACGAGAGGAUGACGGCCUAUCUGAAUGUGACCACAGACCCCAGCGUGGUGGAUCAAACCGUCACGGGGAGAAAGGACGACCCUGCCGUGACGGCUGCAGGUGCUGACACAGCGCCCCCGUCAGACUUGUGGAAAGUUCCUGUUGGCGUGCUGGCAGGAGCUGCGCUGGUGCUGUCGUCCAUGUUGACUCUGAGACUGUGGAAAGCCGAGAAAGCAGCGAGGGACACGAGGGCGGUGCUGAGCGAGGUGGUCUACGAGGAGAUCGGACACGCCGACGUGGAGCCCGGCCCAGCCCCUGAGUGCGAGGUGGAAACCCCGUACUGCUGCUCCGACGUCAGCAACCAGUGCAGGCCCCGACCUGAAGGACACGCCUCCGACACCUGUGUGUAUUACCUUACCCAGAAUCCUCUGCAGAUAGAAAGCAGCUGCGGAGCUCCUCCUGACUUCUUUAAACCAGUUACCAUGGGUGAGGGGCGGGUCUGACUGAGACUCCUCCCCCGCGUCCUGCUCCUCCCUUACUAUCAAAGGACCAUCACCUCCAAAAAUUAACUUUCAUUGAGUCAGACCUGGCAGUGACUGAGACCAUGAACCAAUCAGGAAGCAGUUUACCGAGAUCAGCGCUUUCCUCAGCAACUUCUAUCCAAUCAGAACACAGGAGCCCCUCCCACAUGCCCAGGAGAGACCAUUUCCAUCUUUUAGAUACAGUCUAAUUAUUUUCACGUUGCUGAAUCAGUUUAUGUACAAAAAUAUGACGAGCAGGCUGGAGCAGCAGAUGCAGAUCUUUAAUAUUAUAUGUAAAUUUAUAAAAGUGAUCUUUGAAUAAAUGAUGUCAGUUUAUUUCAGAGUCACUGCAAAAUAAUAAUAAACU